AUAGGACAGGUGACCCUAGCCCCCCGGGACAUUGACUAUUGCAGCAUAGAUACUGAAGACUUAGAUGGGAGAGGUGGCCCUGUCCAAAGUGGACAGGGCCAACCAGCAAGGAUAUAACCCCACCCACUUUGCCAAAGUACAGCCCCCACACCACCAAUGGAAUAUCCACCAACUUACUACCCUGAGACAAGGCAGAGUAUAGCCCACAAAGAUCUCCGCAUGAGCCAAAACUGGACUGCAAGAUCACGUCAGUGACUCGACACACAAGUCGGGUAUAGUGAGAAAGCCUGGCACAACAUAAUGCGCCCCUCCUUGGGACGGAACGGGAGAGCGCAAGCAAGCCAGUAACUCAGCCCCCGUAAUAGGGUCAGAGGCAGAGAAUCCCAGUGGAGAGAGGGGAGCCGACCAGGCAGAGACAGCAAGGGUGGUUCAUCAUGGAUAGGCAGACCAUUCCAUUUUUUUUUUGCUCUAUAGGAGAAAGCCCUGCCUCCAGCUGAUUGGACAUUCUAGGAACAAUAACGAGGCCUGCAUCUUGUGACCGUAGCAUACGUGUAGGCCCAUGAAUGGAGCAAAAAUGAUGAGCGCCUCAUGGCAGCUGUGGAACAUGGGGAGGUAGAGAAGGUGGCCUCCCUCCUCACCAAGAAAGGAGCCAGCGCGUUCAAACUGGACAGUGAGGGCAAGUCAGCUCUCCAUGUGGCUGCCACCCGUGGUCAAACUGAAUGUCUGGCAGUCAUGCUGGCCCAUGGUGCAGACACAUCUGUCAUAGACGCCUCAGGUUUUAGUGCUUUACACCUCGCUGCCAAAAACAACCAUCAGGAGUGUGCCAAAAAGCUUAUACAGAGUAAAUGUGUGUUGGAUACUCUGGACUGCUCAGGGAAGACAGCCCUUCACCACGCAGCUGCCAGUGGAAACAUUGUGAUUGUCCAAACCUUAUGUGAGCGCAAGUGUCCAGUGAACGUCAGAGACAUGGAUGGCCUCAGCCCCCUGCUGCUGUCUGCCAGACACGCCCAUGCUGAUGUUUGUAGCAGCCUCCUGGACUGGGGAGCUGACGUCAACGCGUGUGAUAAGAACGGCAGGACAGCAGUGAUGCUGGCCAGUGAGAGCAGCAGUAUGUCUGUAGUGGAGGUUCUGGUCCAGAGAGGAGCUGUUCUUCAGGCUGUGGACUCUUUGGGUCAUGACGUUCUGCACUACGCCAAGCUGUCUGGCAGCAGUGAGAUCAGGGCCGUCCUCACUGCCGAGUUGCACAGUGCACACUCAGACAGCGACACCCCAAAGUCCCCCAAAUCUCCUCAGCAUGAUCAAGUGGCUAGGUUAGGUGGCGAUCGAAGCACAACUCCCAAAAAACGAAAAGCACCUCCACCUCCCAUUAGCCCUGUGCAGAUGUCUAGUCCCAACUCUCCUGCGUACAUGACCCCAAAUGAAACUCCAGUCUCCAGUAAAAGUUGUGGAUUUAAAAUAUUUAAUUAUAAGGAAGGGGAGUUGCAUGGCAUGUCUCAGAGGGAGGAGGUGGAGAAGCUACAUGAGGAGAAGUGCAUGCUGCUGGAGACCAUUGAGAAUCUGAAGCAGAUUGUGGACCAGACUGUGACUAUAAGCCAGACUGAGACGGAGCCGGGGCAGGAGCCCAAGGCAGAGGACUGUGGGAAGGCAGACUCAGCUCUGGUAGUGGCCCUACAUGCCAAGAUUACAGCUCUGUCUCUGGAGAACCAGCAGUUAGCCCAAAUACUCAAGAAGCGUCCGUCACCCCAGGGAGGUGAGGUUAGCCACGAGGACUCGUCCCGCCCCAACAGUAUGAACUCUAAUGCCUCCUACCACAUCACCCACAAGUCCCCCAGCGGGUCCCUGCUCCAGCCCCAGGGGACGGAGGAGGACAUGUCUGAGGGGCCUGCCCUGGAGCUCAGUAGCUCCUCUGUGAGACAAGAGGAGGAAGAGAGUGGGGAGCAAGGGAAGGAGGGAGGUGAGGAGGAGAUCCGACUGCUGAGGGAGACCCUAGGGAGAGUCCACUCCAAACUGCAGGAGACGCAGAAGGAGAACCUCACGCUCCAUGCCAUGCUCAAACCUGAGCAGGGGGAGGUGACAGGGAGGGAGGGGGAGGUGCUGCUGGAGAGUCUAGCAGAGCUCCAGGCCAAGCUGACGGAGACACAGGAGAAACACCAGCAGGCCAGAGAGGAGGUGCUGGCCCUCAUGGCACAUAUUGAAAGAGGAGAUGGUGGAGGAAGUGAAACGACAGAGCAAGAGCUCCAGAGACUGAGAAGCUCUCUGGAGCAGGAAGUGAAAGAGCUGAGGUCCCAGCUGGCCCAGUCAGAGCAGCAGAGGGAGAGUGAUGUAGGCCGGAUCAGAGAGCAGGAGGCCAGGCUGAAGGCAGCAGACGACAGCGGUGAUCGGGAGAAGAGCCUGCUGGUGGUCCAGUACAAGGAGGCGCAGGAGGAGAUCAGGAUGCUGCAGGAGGCUCUGAGGGGGACGGUCCCCGUGGAGGCUGCAGCUACAGACUUUGAGGAGAUGAAAGGCGAGCUGGGGAGCGUGAUCGAUGGGCUGCAGCGCCGCCUGCUGGAACUAUCCAAGUCCUACAGUGAGGCCAAGAGUGAACUGAGCUCCACCAGGAACCAUCUGGAGGAGAUCCGGGCUGUCAAGUCUAAGCCUGGCAGCACUAUAGCCUCCCCAGACAAGGAGCAGGCCAUGCUGAGAAGCAGAGUAGAGGAGCUGCAGGCAUCGCUAGCCGACACACAGAGCAAGUACUCAGCCUCUCUGGAGGAGAUUGCCCUCCUGAAGCAGGAGGCUGAGGCUCAGGAGUCAGUAGCGUUAUCUGACCACACCCAGAUGGUGUCCUCUCUAGGCAGCGCCAUCAAGGACUUGGAGGCCCAGGCAGAUGCUCUAAGACAACAGCUGUCCCAGAGGACCUUGCAGGUGGACACCCUACAGAACAGACUGACCAUGGAGAAGGACCACACACCGGAUGACUCUAUAUCACGGCUGGAGCACGAGCAGAUGAGAGAGGGCCUGGAGAAGGAGGAGGGCAACCUGACGCAGCUCCUCCAGGGGGCCCUGAGGAAGCAGGAUGAGAUGGCUCUGGAGGCGGCUGCAGCGUGGCAAGAACUGAGGGAGGGGAGGAGUGAGAGGGAGGCCCUGCAGGAGCUGGCCAUCAGCAGGGAGAAGGAGAACCACACUCUGAGCACCAAGCUCAGAGAAGCCCAGGAUGCAAUCGUUCAGCUGAAGAAACUGGUGGAGAAACAUGUCAGCUCAGAGAGAGAGAAGAAUAAGAAGAUUGAUGACCUGUCGAGAGAGGUGGGGAAGUUAAAGGAUGCCUUAAACAGCCUAUCCCAGCUGUCUUACAGUGCAGGCUCAGCCAAGAGACAGCAGACCCUGCAGCAGCAGCAGCAGCUGGACAACCUACAGCAGCAAGUCAAGCAGCUGCAGUACCAGCUAGGGGAGUCAAAGAGGCAGCACCAUGAGAUAGUGUCCGUCUACAGGAUGCAUCUCCUAUACGCCGUCCAGGGUCAGAUGGAUGAGGAUGUUCAGAAAGCCUUGAAGCAGAUUCUGAUGAUGUGCAAGAUGCCAACAGAAGCCAAAUUAAGUGUCUGAAAUGGAACAGCCUAUCUGUUUACUGACCAUGCUGGAGAGGAGACGCAUGGAAACUAUAUCCUUGGUCUCCUAACCUAUCUGAUCUAUCACACUACAGUGCACGUGUGCCCAUCAAAAGCAAAGAUAAUUAUAAAAAUAAAAAUAAAAGACAUUCUUCAUCUGUCUACAAAUGAUGUCAGCGGGGAGCUAUGAAGACAAAGGUAGGAUGGCAGUCAAUAUAUUCGACUGCCAUCCUACCUUUGAACUAGCAGUGCUCGUUUUGUAAUGUUUUUUAGUUUUCUAGUCUGGCUAACACCUAACUCGAAGUCCUCGACUUCACAGUGUGAAAAGGCUAUUUUGAUGUUGUCGGCACGACCACUCACAGCCCCUGAGCGCUGUCCCUUCCAAUAUAACUGUUGGAUUUUCAAAUCCAAACAACGUGAGGUCUCAACCCCCCAGGAAAGAAGCCAUUUUUGAGGGAACCAAUCAAAGCUCAACCCAUUUCAGCGCAAAUACUGCAUUUACGAACAGACUCCUCUCCAGACCAUUGUGUCACAGCUCUCUUUCAGCUGUGUACCAUGUGAGUCGCGUCAGCCAGGCUAAUGGUGUUCAUGAUAUAAUCAAAAUCAUUUUUUAGAUCUCUGCAUGCAACUUCCAAAAUCAUUUUUUAGAUCUCUGCAUGCAACUUCCAAAAUCAUUUUUUAGAUCUCUGCAUGCAACUUCCAAAAUCAACCAAAGAAGAACACUGCUAAACGCUUUAGCGACACUUCAAAUGAUAAAAGUAAUAUUUUCAAAUAUAUGCAAGAUUUUUCAAGAUACAUUUAUAAAUUAAAACAAAGUUUGGCGGUUGUAUUUUUUAACAACCCUAUUUGGUGGUUUUUGUAUGAAUUGAAUAUUGUGUGUGAUAACCUAGGCCCUUUUUAGUGUCUGCAAUCUGUGAAUGCCAAUUUUACCCAAUUGUGGGUUUUUGUCCUCAUUUACACCAUAUUCCCUUGGGGGUCUUUUUAACUCAAUAUGACUUUAUGAACCGAAUUGACUUUUAAAAUAAUGAAACCCACCGUUCGUUGCUUCAACAAUUAUACUCAUUGAGCAAUAAUCCAGUACUUGAAGGGUGAUGUGGUAUCAGAGCUCUGGGUAGUCUCUCUGAGGACAGAACAUACCCAUGUGACUAAUGCACUUUCCUCAUGCUUUCCUCAAACUCUAUAGUCUGCAAGAAUAUAUGGCCUCUGCAGAUUACCUGUUACACCUUUGUUUUGUGCCAGCUCUUUUUGUGUUGAAGCCUGACAGAUUUGUCUUGAUUCUUGAAGGGUUUAAAAGUUAUAUUGCAGUGUUCUUCUUCCGUGCUUUUGUAAUAUCAUUAUAGUGUAAGCUGUAUCAGGUAUUGUUUCUUGAUUUUUUUUGGGGGGGGGGUGAAACAUCCAACCAUUUCAAUGUUGGUAUGGCAGCAUGUGAGGCUCUGGGAUGUUGAGCAAGUUGCUCAGCCUCAUUCAAUCCACUUCAUCCACCUACUUACUAUACCUGAGCAGUACAGUAUGUAUUGUAUUGCAUUGUGAAAUUCAUUACGCAUAAGUAAGAACUCUAAUCUCUCAAUGACAGAUGCUCGUAACAUACAGUAAAUGGUAGUAGCAUCUGUCCACAGACUGUGGGAUCUGACAACUAACGAGAAACUUUGUACCGGUAUGCAGAUUUCAUGUCACUGAUCAUUUGGACAAAUCACGAUUUCGCAGGUGCCCACAUCUUUAAAAUUUCAGAAGGGGAGGGGAUAUUUGACACCUAGACUUGCCCGAAACUGGCUGAGAGUUUAUGUAUAGAGGGGCGAAGACUUCGCUAGCCUCGUUAGUACCUUUUCUAACACAUCUCCCCCCAAAAUUUAAACAAGCAUCUGAUACAAUCACUUAAGAUUUUAGUACAGUGUGUCCUAGAUAAGUAUGGCUCCAAUGUGUCUGUGGUGCUGUUUGUUGUACUGUAUUACGUUUAAAUCAAGUGCUGUAUGAUCUCUUUGUAGCCUGAUAAGUGUAACAACUGCACUAUUUCAGCCCUUCACUUCCACUGUUGUCCUCUACAAAUCAUGUCUUUUCAAAUGCCUAGGAAAUCUGAACUCUUUUCAGUACAAGCAACUUUACGGUUGUACAACUGCAAUGUUACAAGGAACAAUGCAGCAGAUGCAUCCAAUGAUAAAUAACUGAGCAUGUUAGUGGGUGGAACACACAGGAUUGUCACAAUUACAUGGAAUGUGACAUAUCUUACACAUAGUGUACUUCCAUAGAAUGAUCACUGUGAUUGAUGUACAAUUACAUCAGAGCUGUGAUAUGCAGGAUAGCUCCAGAUAUGGAUGACAUACUGUACAUAACCCAAACCCACCAAAGUGCUGUACUUGAUGUUCUUAUCAUACAUUUCUACACUUAAGGCUCCUCUGAUGCUGCACUGUAAACAUGUUUGUUUUUUUACCUGGCAAUAAGUUACUGUAAAAAGAAAAGUACAAUAUGUUACCAUAAAUUCCAAAUAAACUUUUGUUUAACAGUACAUACUGUACUUUUUUUUUUACAGUAACAUACAGGUAACUAGCUGCCAGUAAGUUACUGUAAAAACAACAGGAUUAUUUUUUAUUUUUUUUACAGUUUUUGUUUACUCAUGCAGCCCAAUUCUGUUCUUUUCUCCAAUGGAGAAAAAAAGAAAGACCAAUUAGUGGCAAAAUAUCAGUAUUGAGCUGCCUGUGUAAACGCAGCCUAAAUGAUUUAGGAUUAUGCACUACAUACUACUCAUUGGAAUACAUUUCGAAAUGAUUACCUUUACAAUAUCUAUGAGUACUUGAUCUUUCAGACUAAGUACACGGUACAGACAGGAGUGAAGUUGCCCCUUUAUCGCAGGUCACUAAGGCUGUGUUUAGACAGGCAGCCCAAUUCUGAUAUUUUUUCCACUAAUUGGUCUUUGGACCAAUGACAUCAGAUCUUUUCACAUCAAAUUAUUUUCAGAGCUGAUCUGAUUGGUCUGUAGACCAAUUAGUGAAAACAAUAUCAGAAUUGGGAUGCCUAUGUAAACGUAGCCUAAGAGUUUCUCAAAUAACUCUUGUUAAUAAGGUAAAAAGAAGACUCCUCCCUCAAUGACAGAGAAGUUAAUAAGCGUUGCCUGAAUGUUUUAAAUUUAGAAAGGGAUAAGGAAGGAUACAUGUCCUUUGUGCUUCCUGUUUUCCAACUUGUUUUUGUAAUUCCAGCAGAUUUUUGUGUUUGUUUGCCAAUUUGCUUUUCACCCACUUCAAUAAAUUGUGAAUGCCU